AUGUUGAGGAGUCACUGUGUAUUUUCUAAUGACCAACAGCUAGCAAUUCAUUUUCUGUGCGCUCAAAGUAAACGGACAAGAUCAUUGCUGAAAUACUGGAAUAGUUUUGAUCCUGAGCAAAUCCAUUACGGUGUACAUCGCUCCCAUUCACAUAGACAACAGCAACGUAUUUUCAGUCCUAUGGCUAGUUUAUGGAAAGCUAUGCAAAAUCAAAGUCAAAUAAUGGUUAUGACUCGUGGUUUAAAAGAGCCUCGUGCUUCAAUUAUUGGCAAUUUAAUUGCUUUUGAUCGUUAUUGGAAUUUAAUUCUAAAGAAUGUGACUGAAUAUUCUGUUCAUCUUCCGAAAUCAGCUUUGAAAGGUAAUGGAAAACCGGGACGAAGUAAAAAGCGAAGGGAACAACGUUUACGAAAGUUUCAACGAAAUAAUAACGCUUUAUUUCAGUUGAAAAGAUGUUCACAUUUAUGCCAUUCUCCAUCUAAUCAAACUGAUGUUCAACUGAAAGAUAACCAACCAUUAGAAAUCGGACAAUUAUUUCCUGAUCAGUAUGGCGAUCAUGAUCAAGAUGGGAUUGUGGAAAAAGAAGCACAUGAUGAUGAAAUUAAUAGAUUGAGACCUUUUCGUCUACUUGGUAAAUCCCCCUUAUCUGAUACAAAUGAUCAUGAUGAUCAGUCUGUCAAAAAAUGUGAUCAGAUUGAUAAAAGUGUUUUAGUGAAUAUUCAUAAUCAUUUAGACGAGAAUAAUAAUAAUUGUUUUUAUCAUAAAUCGUCAAAUUGGACAUCAUCUAUGGUUAAUUUGAAUGAACGAAAUAUGUCUGAAUUGUCUGAUAUCUCACUUUGGUAUAGUUUACAAACUCGUCGAAAACAUCCUUUCACUGAAAAACAAGAUAAUCAACAAAAUGAGAUAAAUGACAUUGAUGAUGAUCAUCAUCAUGACGAUGAUGACACCGAACAACAAUUAUUUAUUCGUGGUGCUAAUAUCAUUUUAGUACGAAUUAUUUCAGAGAAAUAA